UAUGUCUGGAUAAGGAGCAAAAACUGCCUGAAAAAGGCAGAGAAUGGAGCUGAUUCAAAGUGUGCAUUUGAGGCACUGGCAACAGCUUCAUCCAGUCUGCCAGAGCUGCAGCCACACGUUAGCACAGCCUCUGGUCCAGUGACAGUGGUACUAGGGUUCACAUCUGCCAAGUCCUAUUCUUACCUCCACAACCACUGCAUAUACCGUCUAAGCUGCCCUGGAAAUUCGCAGGAGAAGCUACCCUCUCUGGAUGUGUGUUUGAAAACGCCUCAUAUCACAGUCGGUGAUGAAAUGCUAGUUGAGAUGGUGGCACUGCCUCACAAUGAAGUUGGAGCGUGCUCGCAAGACAGUGGUAUUCUUGAGAUUGGCAAACUAGUGUCGAUGUUCUAUCUGCCAAAACUGAAGACUGCCUUUCCUCCUCACCACAGUACAAACCCAAGGGGUGAGGAUCGUUUGGUGUCAUUCAGAGGUGCCGUCCUCGUGCACAGCUAUCGUAUUGACUGUGACACUACCCACCUAAGACCAUGGCAGCUAUACACCCGUACACCCUCAGAAGGUCGCUCGGUGAGACACAUCAUAGCUCUGAACAUCCGAGGCAUCAAUUGCCCCAACACGGCCAUGAUCUACUGUAAGUAUAGGUCUCAUGAGCCGCUGCCACUCGGCCUAGUACCCGGUUCCAUUGCAGCUUUUCACCACUUCACAGUGAAGUCUUCGACGCGAUCGGGCAACAUUUACUUUGUCAACUCUGCGUCUAGCAGCAUUACCAUCGAAUCAAUGAAUACCACAACAGAGCUCAACGCAGUAGCUGACUCUACAGAGAGAUCGCACGGAAUGACUAAAGAAAUGCAGCAGUUACCUCCCACGUACAUAUUCCAUCUCACUCAACGUCUGCUGCAAGGGUGUCUGUCUAGAGAAGUUGUCUCUGUGAAGGCGAUGGUGGUGGCAGUCCAGCAUGCCUUCAUUCAGUAUCAGUGUGUCUCCUGCCAGUGUACUAUGGUAGAUGGACAAUGUCGACCAACAUGUCCCUCAAAAAAAUCAUCUUUGAACACGGACGCAAGACUUCUAGUCCAAGAUGGGACCGGGGAAGCUCAUCUGUACGUUAAAGACAGGGUCCUCCCCAUUGCCCUGGGAAUGACAGACACAGAGUGGUCAGACCUGCUUGACCUGGUCCACAAAGUCGGACAAGUCUCCUACACCAAGUCCAGCUUUUUCAAGUGUGAAGGUGGAAGUAGGCCAGUGACAGUGAGGGAGAAGGCAGAGAAGAUGUUUCUGGAUGUCCUAACUCGACCAAGUCUGACUAGAACGGUCGUUGCUGUCUGCCAGCCUUUCCUGAGUCCCUGUGAACAGACUACAGUCCUUGGUAGUAAAAGCUACAGAGUGUGGCAGAAGCAUGGGUUGGACUACGUCACUCUUUCCCUGCCUCGACUGCAGCUGAGACUCCUGUCCAUCGCGGCCAGCAAACCCUCUCUCCCUCUCAUCCAGACUACUGACUCUACUACAGACUACACAAUGAAUCUCUUCUGAAUGUCUUUUUGUUUAUGUAGUUUACCAGCGAUUUAGCAUAUGUUCGAGUUUGAGAAUGUUUGGCUGCUAAUUUCAGGCGUUUG